GCGCGUCGUGUUAAAUCCUCUUACAGGGCGACCAAAAGAGUUUCAGUCUGUAAUAUUAAAGUAAUUACUGUGUGUACGUUUACUUCAGUUUUAUUCGCUUACAAAACAUCCUACAGUACGGAUUGAGAAUGGCGUCAGUGUUAGACGCGCUGUGGGAGGACAGAGACGUGAGGUUUGACAUCACUGCACAGCAGAUGAAAACUAGACCAGGUGAAGUGCUCAUUGACUGCCUGGAUUCAAUCGAGGACACGAAGGGAAAUAACGGGGAUAGAGGAAGACUACUAGUGACCAAUUUAAGAAUGGUCUGGCAUUCAUUGGCACUGCCAAGAGUCAACUUGUCAGUGGGAUACAACUGCAUUAUUAAUAUCACCACACGGACAGCAAAUUCGAAACUGCGAGGUCAGACUGAGGCACUUUACAUAUUGACCAAAUCUAAUAACACUAGAUUUGAGUUCAUCUUCACGAAUGUGGUUCCAGGAAGUCCGAGACUGUUUACAUCUGUCAUUGCUGUUCACAGGGCUUAUGAGACCUCCAAAAUGUAUCGGGAUCUCAAACUAAGAGGAGCUCUCAUUCAGAAUAAACAGCUGAGACUUUUGCCACAGGAGCAAGUUUAUGACAAAAUUAAUGGAGUCUGGAACUUGUCUAGUGAUCAGGGUAAUCUUGGAACUUUUUUCAUUACUAAUGUGAGGAUUGUGUGGCACGCCAACAUGAAUGAGAGCUUCAACGUCAGCAUUCCCUAUCUUCAAAUUCGUUCCAUAAGGAUCAGAGAUUCUAAAUUUGGACUUGCUCUUGUUAUUGAGAGCUCACAGCAAACUGGAGGAUAUGUGCUGGGAUUCAAGAUUGAUCCAAUGGACAAGUUACAAGAUGCAGUGAAGGAAAUCAAUUCUUUACACAAAGUGUACUCAGCAAAUCCCAUUUUUGGUGUGGAAUAUGAGAUGGAAGAAAAGCCUCAGCCUCUAGAAGAGCUGACCGUAGAGCAGCCCCCUGAUGAUGUGGAGAUUGAGCCCGAUGAACACACAGAUGCCUUUACUGCUUACUUUGCUGAUGGAAAUAAGGAACACGAUCGUGAGCCAGUAUUCUCGGAAGAGCUGGGUUUGGCUAUAGAGAAACUGAAAGAUGGAUUCACACUACAGGGACUCUGGGAGGUCAUGGGUUAAAGCAAUGAACUAAUGAUACUGAGUGACCAUUAGUUAGCUGCACAGUAAACAUUUACUAACAGUUAUGUAUUUUGCAGUUAAAUUGAUAGUUUUAGGAUUUGUCCAUUAGUGAAAUGUCAGAACUUCUAUCCAAUCUGUUUUUUUAGAGUAUUUAUUUAAUAGCUGAUAAUGAGAUAUGUUUACAUUGGUGAACCUAGUGUAGGUUUAAGAAAGGUACUUUAAAUGUAUACAUAGAAUUACUGUGUAAUAUUUACACUUCUGUAAUAAACUUAUAAAAUUACACAAAAUUGUACAUUAGAAAACAAUUUUGCAUUGCAAUAAAGGUAU